CCCUUGCCCGCCCCCUGCCGCUGCCUCAGCUCCUCAGUGCACAGAGCCGCCUCGUCUGAGGGGACGCGAGUACCGUCUUCUUCGCGGUUUCGGCCAGCGCGUAGGGUCAGGCCUUGACAAGCAGCGGGAGGAGAGCCUGAGCCGGACCUGGAUCCCUGUGAUUGCCGCCUGCUCCUCCCACCUCUGGUCUCACGAGGGGUUUCCCGCCUCGCGCCCCCCCACCUCUGGACUUGCGCUUCUUUUCUCUCCGCGUGUGGAGGGAGUCAGUGCUUAGGCCGGAGCGAGCCUGGGGGCCGCCGGCCGUGAAGGCAUCGGGGAACCGAUUCACCAUGGAGGGCGCCGGAGGCGCGAACGACAAGAAAAAUAGGAUAAGUUCUGAACGUCGAAAAGAAAAGUCUAGAGAUGCAGCCAGAUCUCGACGAAGCAAAGAGUCUGAAGUUUUUUAUGAACUUGCUCAUCAGUUGCCACUUCCCCAUAACGUGAGCUCACAUCUUGAUAAGGCUUCUGUUAUGAGGCUUACCAUCAGUUAUUUGCGUGUGAGGAAACUUCUGGAUGCUGGUGACCUGGAUAUUGAAGAUGAAAUGAAGGCACAGAUGAACUGCUUUUAUUUGAAAGCCCUGGAUGGCUUUGUUAUGGUGCUCACAGAUGAUGGCGACAUGAUUUACAUUUCUGAUAACGUGAACAAAUACAUGGGAUUAACUCAGUUUGAACUAACUGGACACAGUGUGUUUGAUUUUACUCAUCCGUGUGACCAUGAGGAAAUGAGAGAAAUGCUUACACACAGAAAUGGCCCUGUGAAAAAGGGUAAAGAACAAAACACACAACGAAGCUUUUUUCUCAGAAUGAAGUGUACCCUGACUAGUCGGGGAAGAACUAUGAACAUAAAGUCUGCAACAUGGAAGGUACUUCACUGUACAGGCCAUAUUCACGUAUAUGAUACCAACAGUAACCAAUCUCAGUGUGGAUACAAGAAACCACCAAUGACAUGCCUGGUAUUGAUUUGUGAACCCAUUCCUCAUCCAUCAAAUAUUGAAAUUCCUUUAGACAGCAAGACUUUUCUCAGUCGACACAGUCUGGAUAUGAAAUUUUCUUAUUGUGAUGAAAGAAUUACUGAAUUGAUGGGAUAUGAGCCAGAGGAACUUUUGGGCCGCUCAAUUUAUGAAUAUUAUCAUGCUUUGGACUCUGAUCAUCUGACCAAAACUCAUCACGACAUGUUUACUAAAGGACAAGUCACCACAGGACAGUAUAGGAUGCUUGCCAAAAGAGGUGGAUAUGUCUGGGUAGAAACUCAAGCAACUGUUAUAUAUAACACCAAGAACUCUCAACCACAAUGCAUUGUAUGUGUAAAUUAUGUUGUAAGUGGUAUUAUUCAGCAUGACUUGAUUUUCUCCCUUCAACAAACCGAAUGUGUCCUCAAACCAGUUGAGUCUUCAGAUAUGAAAAUGACUCAGCUCUUCACCAAAGUUGAAUCAGAGGAUACAAGUAGCCUCUUUGAUAAACUUAAGAAGGAACCUGAUGCUUUAACUUUGCUGGCCCCAGCUGCUGGAGACACAAUCAUAUCUUUAGAUUUUGGCAGCAAUGACCCAGAAACUGAAGACCAACAACUUGAAGAAGUUCCACUGUAUAAUGAUGUAAUGUUCCCCUCAUCCAGUGAGAAAUUACAAAAUAUAAAUCUGGCCAUGUCUCCAUUACCUGCCUCUGAAACUCCAAAGCCACUUCGAAGUAGUGCUGACCCAGCACUCAAUCAAGAAGUUGUAUUAAAAUUAGAGCCAAAUCCAGAGUCACUGGAACUUUCUUUUACCAUGCCCCAGAUUCAAGAUCAACCAGCCAGUCCUUCUGAUGGAAGCACUAGACAGAGUUCACCUGAGCCUAACAGUCCCAGUGAAUACUGUUUUGACGUGGAUAGUGAUAUGGUCAAUGUAUUCAAGUUGGAAUUGGUAGAGAAACUUUUUGCUGAAGACACAGAAGCAAAGAAUCCAUUUUCAACUCAGGACACUGAUUUAGACUUGGAGAUGUUGGCCCCCUAUAUCCCAAUGGAUGAUGAUUUCCAGUUACGUUCCUUCGAUCAGCUGUCACCAUUAGAAAGCAGUUCUUCAAGCCCUCAAAGUGUGAGCACAAUUUCAGUAUUCCAGCAGACUCAAAUUCAAGAACCUACUAUUAAUACCACCACUGCCACCACUGAUGAAUUAAAAACAGUGACAAAAGAUGAUAUGGAAGACAUUAAAAUACUGAUUACAUCUUCGUCUCCCACCCAUGCACCUAAAGAAACUACUAGUGCCACAACAUCAUCAUAUAAUGAUACUCAAAGUCGAACCGCCUCACCAAACAGAGCAGGAAAAGGAGUCAUAGAACAGACAGAAAAAUCUCAUCCAAGAAGCCCUAACGUGGUAUCUGUCACUUUGAGUCAAAGAAAUACAGUUCCUGAGGAAGAAUUAAAUCCAAAGAUAUUAGCUUUGCAGAAUGCUCAGAGAAAGCGAAAAAUGGAACACGAUGGUUCACUUUUUCAAGCAGUAGGAAUUGGCACACUAUUACAGCAACCAGAUGAUCGUGCAACUACUACAUCACUUUCUUGGAAACGUGUAAAAGGAUGCAAAUCUAGUGAACAGAAUGGAAUGGAGCAAAAGACAAUUAUUUUAAUACCCUCUGAUUUAGCAUGUAGACUGCUGGGGCAAUCAAUGGAUGAGAGUGGAUUACCACAGCUGACCAGUUAUGAUUGUGAAGUUAACGCUCCUAUACAAGGCAGCAGAAACCUACUGCAGGGUGAAGAAUUACUCAGAGCUUUGGAUCAAGUUAACUGAGCUUUUUCAUGAUUUCAUUCCUUUUUGUUUCUUCUUCUUUUUUUUUCUUUUUAAUUUUUUGGACACUGGUGGCUCAUUACCUAAAGCAGUCUAUUUAUAUUUUCUAUAUCUAAUUUUAGAAGCCUGGCUACAAUACUGCACAAACUCAGAUAGUUCAAUUUUGAUCCCCUUUCUACUUAUUUACAUUAAUGCUCUUUUUUAAUAUGUUCUCUAAUGCUAGAUCACAGACAGCACAUUUUCACAGAUCUUUGGUGUUUAAACCAUUGCAUUGUAGUAGCAUCAUUUAAAAAUGCACCUUUUUAUUUAUUUAUUUUUGGCUAGGGAGUUUGUCCCUUAUUGAUUUAUUUUUAAUAAGAUGCCAAUAUAAUUUUUUAAGAAGGCAGUAACCUUUCAUCAUGAUCACAAACAGCUGAAACAUUUUUACUCAUUUUUCACAUUUUACAUAAACAAUAAUGCUUUGCCAGCAGUACAUGGUAGCCACAAUUGCACAAUAUAUUUUCUUAAAAAGUACCAGCAGUUACUCAUGCAAUAUAUCCUGCAUUUAUAAAACUAGUUUUUAAGAAGAAAUUUUUUUUGGCCUAUAAAAUUGUUAAACCUGGAACUUGACAUUGUUAAUCUUAUAAUAAUGAUUCUUAAAUGCUGUAUGGUUUAUUAUUUAAAUGGGUAAAGCCAUUUACAUGAUAUAGAAAGAUAUGCAUAUAUCUGGAAGGUAUGUGGCAUUUAUUUGGAUAAAAUUCUCAGUUCAGAGAAAUCAUCUGAUGUUUCUGUAGUUACUUUCCCAGCUCAAAAGAAAACAAUACCCUAUGUAGUUGUGGAAGUUUAUGCUAAUAUUGUGUAAUUGAUAUUAAACCUAAAUGUUCUACCCACUCUGUUGGUAUAAAGAUUUUGAGCAGACUGUAAACAAACAAAAAAAUCAUGCAUUGUUAGUAAAAUUGCCUAGUAUGUUAAUUUGCUCAAAAUAUGAUGUUUGGUUUUAUGCACUUUGUCGCUAUUAACAUCCUUCUUUUUUCAUAUAGAUUUCAAUGAUUGAGUAAUUUAGAAGCAUUAUUUUAGGAAUAUAUAGUUGUUGUAGUAAACAUCUUGUUUUUUUCUAUGUACAUUGUAUAAAUUUUUCAUUCCUUUGCUCUUUGUGGUUGGGUCUAACACUAACUGUAUUGUUUUGUUAUAUCAAAUAAACAUCUUCUGUGGACCAGG